GCCCCCCGUGCGCUCUCGGUCCCUCCCUGGGAACAGGCGCUGCCCACCCAAGGAGGCGACCGGCGCUCCUGCCCCGCUGCCGCUCGCUCACUCACACACAUCACAGACACACACACAUAUACCGUGCGUGCGCCUCUCGCUCCGCACUGGAGUCAGUGCUUGUGCCUGCAGGUUGCUCAGACCUGAAAUCUAAGGGAAAAGCUCAGCGUUUGCGUCGCUGCUCCUGCCGCCGGUGGUGGUAGCGGUGAAGAGAGUGGGUUGUGGGUUUUUUUUGCUUGGUGGCUUUUUUUUUUUCUCUUCCCCCUUGAAUUCAAUGGAUCUGAACUUGGAGCCUUUAGACCUCGGCGGUAUUGGAAUAUCUACAUGCUGAUCAUCUUUGUUGUGACACAUCGAGUCGUUUGGGGAAACCAUCCGAAGACAGCAAGAUGUUUCUCGUUCUCUUGUACUUCGCUUUGCCCUUAGUGGAAGUGAGCGGGCUGCCUGGAGGGGACCGCCUGGACUGCGUGAAAGCCAGCGAUCAGUGUCUGAAGGAGCAGAGCUGUAGUACUAAAUUCAGGACACUGAGGCAGUGUGUAGCCGGCAAAGAGAGCAACUUCAGCCGGGCCACGGGCCUGGAGGCGAAGGACGAAUGCAGAAGCGCCAUGGAAGCUCUCAAGCAGAAAUCCCUGUACAACUGCCGCUGCAAGAGGGGCAUGAAGAAGGAGAAGAACUGCCUGCGCAUUUACUGGAGCAUGUACCAGAGCUUGCAGGGAAAUGAUUUGCUUGAAGAUUCCCCUUAUGAGCCAGUUAACAGCAGAUUAUCAGACAUAUUCAGGCUAGCACCAAUGGUAUCAGUGGAGCCAGUACUUUCAAAGGGGAACAAUUGCUUGGACGCAGCCAAAGCUUGUAACCUAAAUGAUACCUGCAAGAGGUUCAGAUCUGCUUACAUAACCCCCUGCACCAGCAGCACGUCCAAUGAGAUCUGUAACAAGCGCAAGUGCCACAAGGCCCUGCGGCUGUUCUUUGACAAGGUCCCCCCCAAGCACAGCUACGGGAUGCUCUUCUGCUCCUGUCGAGACGUAGCCUGUACUGAGAGGAGGCGCCAGACCAUUGUUCCUGUGUGCUCCUAUGAGGACAGGGAGAAACCAAACUGCCUGAAUUUGCAAGAGUCCUGCAAGAAGAAUUACAUCUGCAGAUCUCGCCUUGCAGAUUUCUUCACAAACUGCCAGCCUGAGUCACGCUCUGUUAGUGGCUGUCUGAAGGAGAAUUAUGCUGACUGCCUGCUUGCUUACUCGGGGCUCAUUGGCACUGUGAUGACACCAAACUACAUCAACUCCAGCAGCCUCAGCGUGGCCCCGUGGUGCGACUGCAGCAACAGCGGCAACGACGAAGAGGAGUGCAAGAAAUUUCUGAAUUUCUUCCAGGACAACACAUGCCUUAAAAAUGCAAUUCAGGCCUUUGGCAAUGGCACUGAUGUGAAUGUCUGGCAGCCAAUCUUACCAGUACAGACCACUACAGCCACAACUACAACAUCCUCCAGACUUAGAAACACAGGGGCAGAGACCACCAACAAUGAAAUACCCUCCCACAAUGAUUCACCAGCAUGUGCAAACCUGCAGGCACAGAAGAAGCGAAAAUCCAAUGAAUCUGUAGAUACAGAGCUCUGUCUUAAUGAGAACGCUCUGGGGAAGGACAACACAGCGGGAGUCUCCACCAGUCACAUAUCCACGGAGAAUUCCCUGGCUCUUCCUACCAGCUCCUAUCUAAGCACACAGCUCACCCUGAUGGCACUUGCACUCUCACUCUUUUUGUCCCUAAGCUCAUCAGUCGUCUUGUAGCUGCAUUACAAAAGGACAAAAGUGUUUAAAAAAAAAUUCAAAAAAAAAAAAAAAAUCUGUUUGCUGUCCUCUGUUGUUUAUCCGGAAUUCCAGGUCUGGGAGCUAAGCUGAGGCACUCCUACUAGAACAGUCUCAGUCAGCUGGAAUUAUUUUUUUUUUUUCUCUCAAAAAAAAAGCUUCUUGUGAUAUUUAGAGGCUUUGUGAAAUACUUGGUGCAGUGCUACAUUCCAAACCCAAAAGGCUUUUGGGCAUGCUGUGUUUUAAAGAGACAGUGUGUAAAUUUGCCUGUAAAGCGACCUGGUUGGUUUAUUUUAAUAAUUAUUAUUUUAAUUCUGGCUUUUACCUGAGAAAGAAGAUGAUGGUUUUCUUAAAAUCUUGUUUAUCACAUUGAAUGGUUUUGGUUUUCAAAUUGAUUGAACUUCAGACUAUCAAGGAUGCCAGGCUUUUGUCUAAUGGUGAAUGUUCUCCCAGAGAGUGGACUUUAUGAAACUUCUUCAUUUGAUAAACCGCUACUGAUGUUAAACUCUUUCAGUGUGUUAGCAUUUUCCUCUUUCAAUGUUUCUGUACUGUAAGUGAUUCUGCGUUCCCUGCUGAAAGCCAUUCUAACUCACAUACAGGUAUAAUGUAUGUCUUUCAGUUCAGUUCUCAUAGAGUGUGGCCUAGAACAUCCUAACAGUACAUUUCUCUUUUAAUUAUAAUCAUCUAGCCUUAACAAGAGUGGAGAUUCUUUACAUUAGCAAGAUGCAGCCAUUGUGAAAGCUUGAUAAAGAUACAUUUCUUUAAAUAUGAGGAACAAAUAUUGCUACAGGGUUUCAGCUGUACAGUCUAUGGUCUUCUAUGCUUCCAUUGUGAUAAUAUAGUCCAGUUAUUAUUAUACUCUUUGUUUAAUAAAAAAAUGACAUACAAUUUAUUUGCUCUGCUAAAACAUCAUCAUCUGUUUAUACAUACCUGAUAAUGUCAGAUCAAACAGCUACAGGAACUUCAUGCCUUACUUCUCUUAUCAAAACAUUGUAGAGGGACAAGAACUAGAAGGAUAUCAUUUAAACCGUGGUUUUUUUCUUAGAACUGCUAAAAUCAACACAAAAGGAUGGUUGAUCCAGUUGCAAGGCAGCAUCAUGCACAUGUACCCCUGUGAUAGGCUUUUCUCACCCUGGUAGUUCCUACCACCGACCUUGGCAUUGCUGACAUGAUGAGCUGUUUGCAAGACCAGCUCCAUGAAUUAAUUUAAUGGUUUGAAUGGCAGUGUUACCAGUACACAUGAUUUAAUGGCUUGGUUCCACUCAGUGGCAUUGGCAGCCUGUGCUGGCUCAUGGUGAUUUCCUGCAGUAUCGAGAAGGAAUUCCUUAAAGCUUUAAAUGUCAUCAGGCAGCAUUUCUCCUAAGGGCUGUCUUUAUACCUUACUGUGAUGGCUUGUUGACUGUUACAAGCAGUUAUGUCUAAGUGAUCAACAGUAAUCAGUUUUGGUUCCUCUUGGAAGUCGAAGAUAACUUCUGCAAGCAAGGAGCUCAUCAUGUUGAAUGUAGAGAUUUACUCUGAGACUUACACAAUUAUGCCCUGUCCUGCUCUGAAAUGUCCAGACCAGUUAUUUGCAAUACAACUCUAAAGUACAAAUUACUAUUUUAUAAACUGCACUGAGGUUUGAGUGUGCAAAGUACACAUCUUGCUAAGAGACUAUUAAACCUAUUGACAAGUUCAUCUUUUGAGAUUUUUCUUGGCUAAUAAUAAACACUUUCAUAAAUUUUGAAAUUCA